CAGAGUCAGAGUCAGAGACGACUGACGGUCAGAGAGUUCCUGAUCCUUUACAGAAACAAACAGCUGAUCUGACUUCACACAGGUGAGCACAGGAUGAAGCGUCUGUCGUCUCUGGAGUUUCUCCUCAGUGUCGUCUCCUCUCUUCUUCUGAUCUGCUGUGGCGGACUCAUCGUGGUUUCCUGGAUCAGCCUGAGGCCUGAAGGUGUUGUUGAGCCUGAGGCCCUGAGCGGUCGGAUGGUGAUUGCAGAGGGAGCCAUGUUCUCUGAGGAUCUGAGGAACUCCAGCAGUCUGAGCUUCAAGUCUCUGGCCUUCGAUGUCCAGCAGCUGGUGUCUGAGGCGUUCGGUCACACUGAGCUCAGACAACUCUACAGGUCGUGUCAGGUGUUAACCUUCAGUCAGGGCAGCGUAGCCGUGACCUUUGACCUCUGGUUCAAUCAGCUGAUCGAGGCGAAGGAGGCGGAGCAGCAGCUGGGGGCGGGGCUUCAGGAGGCCGAGGGCGGAGGAUUGGUGAUUGACAGAAACAGCAUCCGGAUUACAGAGAAACCAGACGGGACGACACCUUCACCUUCGACACCUUCACCACCAGUGACGUGUCCUCCUCAUCAGAAACCCUGUGGCGAUCGAUCAAUGUGUGUUCCGAUUGAUCGGUUCUGUGAUGGCGUCGACGACUGUCCUGACUCCUCUGAAGAAGACGCCGCUCUCUGUGCAACGGCGUGCGAUGGACAGUUCGUCCUGAGAGGAGCAAGCGGCUCGUUCCGUUCAUCUGACGUUUCAGAGACGUACGACAACAGCAGCUUCUGUCGCUGGGUCAUCAGGGUUGAUCGGGGAUUCUCAGUUCGGGUCGACUUCCAUCAGUUUGAAACAGAAGAAAACAUCGACACUUUGAGACUUUAUGAAGGAGUGGGAGCACACAAACUGCUCACAGCUGAGCUCUCAGGCUCCGCCCCUCCUGGGACUGUGUGGCUGCUGACCGACCAAUCAACCGUGGAGUUUAUCUCUGAUGAUGUCAACAACCUGUCGGGGUUCAGCGCCACCUACAGGGCUACCAACCUCUCCACCCUCUCCAACCAGGAGAAGCUGACCUGUGCCUUUGAGCAGGGCAUGUGCUUCUGGAGGCAGCCGCAGGACGAUGACGAUGGAGACUGGAUUCGAACCAGCGGCUCCACAUUUCCUCCGCUGACCGGCCCGAGUGUCGACCACACCCUGGGUAACAGCUCAGGUUUCUACAUCGUCACACCUGUGAGUCCCGGCCAAUGGCUGAAGAGCUUCAGGAUCCACAGCCUCCCUCUGACUCCGCCCACACGGCCCCUGUGUCUGAGCUUCUGGUACCACAUGUUUGGAGAGGACAUCCAUCGUCUCAGAGUCCUGCUGCUCCGAUCGUCUCCAUCGCAGCCUGAACCUGCCAUUACCGUGGUGUUCCAGAGAGACGGUAACUAUGGAGACAACUGGAACUACGGCCAGGUGACCCUCAACCUGACGGAUGAGGCCACGGUGGCUUUUGAAGCUCUGAAAAAAGGAGGGAUGAGGAAUGACAUCGCUCUGGAUGACAUCACACUGACCACUGACCCCUGUGGCCCCGCCCCCCCUGAACCAACCAAUGUACCGCCUCCGACGACCACGCCCCCUAUCCCAGCUGACUGUGGAGGACCCUUCAACCUGUGGGAGCCGAACUCCACCUUCAGCUCACCAAACUACCCACAGUCCUACGGGAACAAGGCUCAGUGUCUGUGGACUCUGCACACAGUGGAGGGUCGAAACAUUCAGCUCCACUUCCUUGACCUUAACAUCGAAGUGACCUAUGACGUCGUAGAGGUGCGGGAUGGGGCGGGGCCUAACUCCACUUUACUGGCUGUCCUCACUGGCAGCGAUGGCCCCGCCCACGACUUGUUCUCAACAACCAAUCAGAUGACACUGUGGUUCUUUACGGACGAAUCAGGUCAUGGCCGAGGAUUCAGAGCCAACUUCACCUCCGGGGUCAACCUGGGGUCACCAGCUCCAUGUGCAGCUGGUCAGUUUCAGUGUCAGACAGGAAGUUGUAUCCAUGGUAACAGUCAGUGUGACGGUGUGGUCGACUGUCCCGACGCCUCUGAUGAAGCCGACUGUGUUGUGUUACAGCUGAAUGAUUCCAGUCGUCUCCAGUUUCAACUGAUCUCUACUCUGUUCACUGUGUGUGCUGACACCUGGAACUCUCACCUGUCUGACCUCACCUGUCAGUACCUGGGAUACAGGUCUGGGGAGGCCUCGCUGCUGCCGGCUCUGCCACAAGAUUCACCGUUUGCAACCAUCACAGUCACCAGUAACGGAACCCUGGAAACCAGUGUCAGUGCAACCUGCUCCAGUGAGGAAGUGGUUUCUCUGAACUGUGACAACCAACCUUGUGGAGUUCGUCAAGUCACUAAUGGCACGAGAGAGGCCAACCAAUCAGAGGAGAGGAUACCUGGUCAAGGUGAGGCCCGAGUGGUGGGCGGAGUCAAUGCAGAUAAGGGGGCGUGGCCGUGGAUGGUGUCUCUGCAGUGGCGGGGGCGUCAUGUGUGUGGAGCUUCACUGAUUGGCAGAGACUGGCUGCUGACUGCUGCACACUGUGUCUACGGGAAGAACAUCCACCUGCAGUCCUGGUCGGCUGUUCUCGGUCUUCACUCUCAGAGCGACAUGAACUCUGCAGAUGUUCAGACCCGACGAGUCGAUCGCGUCGUCAUCAACAGAGAAUACAACAGACAAAGCAAACAGGCCGACAUCGCCAUGAUGCAUCUGCAGCAACCAAUCAACUUCACCGAGUUGAUCCAGCCGGUGUGUUUACCUGCUGAAGGUCAGGACGUCACCACAAGAAGGAAAUGUUUCAUCACCGGCUGGGGACGAGUCGCUGAGCAGGGUUCCCUCCCUGAUGUUCUCCAGCAGGCCCAGGUUCCUGUGCUGGUCCAGGAUCAGUGUCAGACCCAGUUACCUGAGUACACCAUCACCUCCAGCAUGCUGUGUGCUGGAUUCCCUGAGGGAGGGGUCGACUCCUGUCAGGGCGACUCUGGAGGUCCACUGAUGUGUCUGGAUGAUGGACGCUGGACUCAGAUCGGUGUCACCUCGUUUGGGAUUGGCUGCGGCCGUCCCCAGAGACCUGGAGUCUAUGCCCGAGUCUCCGCCUUCACCUCCUGGAUCGCCCAGACCAGACGCUCCUCCCCCUCCUCCCCCUCCUGCUCCUCCUGCUCCUCCUCCUCCUCCAUUUAAAGCUUGAAUAUCUCACUUCCUGUGGACAGUUCACUGACACCUGAUUUAAAUCAUUCAUCAGCGUGUUGGACAGACCGAGGAGAAUAAACUGGUUCUGAACCAAAGAACAUCAGGUGUUCAGGUCAGAGCUGUGGCAUCAUCAGUGGGCGUGUCCUGCUCUCCAGGUGUGACAGAGAGGAAUAACAGCUCAUCACUGAUAACACUGGAUCAGACUUGGACUGGGUCAGAUCUGGACUGGAUCAGACCUGGACUGGGUCUCUGGACAGGUAUCAGAACCAGAGAUGAUUUGAUGUAGAGAGGGGGUCACAGCUUUAGACCUCAUCCUCUCCCCUCAACCUGCCAUUCUCCUUCCAACCACCAGAUGUCCUCAGUCUCUCCCCUGGACUACAUCUAUAAACCAGUCCUCUUCCUGUCUCUGUACCUGGACACCUGUCGCCGUCUUGUCCACCUGUCAGACUCUGAUCCUGUUUUCACUGAUUAAAACCAGUUUCUCUGCUCA